UUACUAUAACAACAGUUGUCUGAUAGUACAGCAGUAAAUUUACAUUAAAAAACUAUCAUCAUACUAUUUAAUCUUGAUCUUGUUUAUUUUUAUCUACAGUUUGAAGUAUAGAAGCUGUUUACUGUUGUAUAAUACAAUUUUCUACGCCACCCAUAACUUAACAAAGUAUUAUGUUAACAGAUUAGUAGAAAACUAACAGUAGAGUAAAAUAUCAAAAGAGUAAAUUAUUUAAUGAUACAUUCAAAUAUUUAAUUGAUUUUAUUUACUGUAAAAAACAUUUAAUAAGAUAAUAAUUUUUAUGUAAAUUAUUGUAUUAAAACGAUAUGUAAAGUUUAAAAAUAGUAUUUUCGUUCGUGAUAUUUCUUAAAUAUUUGCUUUUGAGUGAAUUAAAUUGUAUUAAAAAUAAAUUAUCGGAAAACAAUACAGCAUUUACUGCAUCAUGAGAAGUUAUAAGUGGAUAUUUUGUGUUACAUAUUUAGUUGUGUUAUUCACGUUUGUACAAUGUGAGAACUGCACAGUAAAAAAAAUAUCUAAUGGAAUCAUCAAUAGAUUUGUUAUUUUGACAUGCCCUUCGCCAGAAGUAACAGCUGAUGCUAAGUUUUGUUGUUAUGAUUCUUAUGAUAAUGUUGAAUGCUGCAAUGUUACUGAUCGUAUUCAUAACCUCGUUCAAAAAUAUACACCAAGUCUAUUAAUACUUUUAAUAUUGGUUAUUGGACUCUUAUUAACAUGUUGUGUAAUUUGUAUUUGUAUUCCUUGUUAUUGUAUGAUGAAACGCCGACAGCCAGCUUACAAAGAUAAUAAUGAUAAUGCAAAUAUGAUAGCUGCUGUAACAUUAUCCCAUGAAUCAGAUGUAGAAAACACACCAAAAAAAGAAGUAACACAUCAUUUACCACCAGGUGCAUAUCCUGUUUAUCCUCAAUUUAUGGGUAUGCAGCCUCUAAAAAGUAAUGAUGUUAACUGUUAAAGAAUGCACCAUAAAUUAUUUGAAAAAGUGCCAUCUAAUUAAAAGUCGAUAAAUAAUUAUAUUGGAUUAAAAUUACAUUUUAUUUAUUUUCAAAAAUGUAUAUUGAAAAAUAAAAAACAAAGCUUAUAAUA